UUAAGAUUGGACGCGAUGGACAGGAAAUUGAGCUUGAAUGUGGAACCCAGCUUUGUCUUCUAUUUCCCCCUGAUGAAAAGUAUUGACUUGUAUCAGGUCAUUCAUAAAAUGCGUCACAAGAGAAGAAUGCAUUCACAGCCCCGUUCAAGAGGACGUCCUUCCCGUCGAGAACCAGUCCGGGAUGUGGGAAGGUGUCGACCAGAAGAUUAUGAUAUUCAUAACAGCAGAAAGAAACCAAGGAUUGACUAUCCCCCUGAGUUUCAUCAAAGACCAGGGUAUUUAAAGGAUCCACGAUAUCAAGAAGUAGACAGACGAUUUUCAGGAGUUCGAAGAGAUGUUUUUCUAAAUGGGUCCUACAAUGAUUAUGUGAGAGAAUUUCAUAACAUGGGACCACCACCGCCAUGGCAGGGAAUGCCUCCUUAUCCAGGAGUUGAACAACCACCACAUCAUCCUUACUAUCAGCACCAUGCUCCACCUCCUCAAGCCCACCCCCCUUCUUCAGGCCAUCAUCCAGUACCCCAUGAAGCAAGAUACAGAGAUAAACGAGUACAUGAUUAUGAUAUGCGGGUAGAUGACUUCCUUCGUCGAACACAAGCUGUUGUCAGUGGCAGAAGAAGCAGACCCCGUGAAAGAGAUGGAGAAAGAGAACGUGAUUGGAAGUAA